AUGGGAAAAGUGGUGACUCACACGCAGUUUAAAAACAAAUGGGAUCAUCUGAGAAAACAGUGGAAGGCUUGGAAGGAGUGUUUUGAGUGUGAGACUAGGUUGGGUUAUGAUUCUGUAACUGGAAAGCUUGAGACUAGUGAUGAGUGGUGGACCCGAAAGCUUCAGGCAUGUCCAAAGGCAUUAACCUUUAAAAACAAACCUUUGUCGAAUGUUCAGUCCAUGGAAACCAUAUUUGAAGGCAUGGUUGCAAUGCGGAAAAAUGCAAUCUGCAUGAGUGGUGAAAUACCAAAGGAAUGCACCGAAGGGUUUGGGGACUCCGCUAAUAGCAAAGAAUUUGUUGACCCUCAAUGUCAACCUUGUGCGAAUGUUGACCCAAUGGAGAUUGAAGGCCCAUCAUCAUCGUGGGCAAGACCGGCAAUGAAUAAGGGGAAAUGCUCUUUUAAUUUCCCACAUCAAGUAUCAUGA